AUGACCGUCGCCGCCGAAGAACCGAGUCACCAUUCUCAGAGACCUCUCACUGACAACGACAUCGUUCGUUUAGCGCAGUACCACCAUUGCCAGACCGGCUUCUCUCUCCCUCCUUACCUUCUCUCUCCGGCUUCCCACGACUCUCUUCUCUCAUACCUCCAAUCCCGCUCUUCUUCACCCUCGCCGUCGAAACCCGUUUCUGAGUACGUAAUCGCUCUCUUAUCUCUAAUUCAUCUCUCCCCGACUACUCCGCCUCUCUCGUCUCUCCUCGCCUCGCUUCUCAUCUCCUACACCCAAAUCUUCAACGCCGGCAAAAUCCCGAGCGAUUCGGAUUCCCUCAAGACGAUUCAGCUCUUCGGCACUCUCUUACGGUACUUACACAUCAAGGAGCUGAAAUCUGUCGUCGAUUCCAUUUUAUCGGAUGUUUCUAGAGUUGUCACUGUCGAUGACGCCCAGUUGUUUGAUCUAUUGCCUGUGUGCUUCGAUUUAUUGCGGAAUCCGAGAGAAGCUAAAGCUAGCGAAACCGAUUUCGUCAAUUCGGCGAUAGAUAGUGUUAUUAGCUGUGAAUGGCAGAAAGGGAUGUUGACUAAAAUGGUUUCUCUUGCAAAGGAGUUGCCAUUUCUGGAUAAAGGGAGGAAGAGUGAAUUGCUGGAGAAAGUGUUUAUUGGUAUUAAGGGUAUUGACUUGCAGGAUUUGCCUUCGCUUGUGUAUCAAUUGCUGGUUCUUGCUUCGAAAGGAUUUUGCAAGAGGGAGGUGAUUGGAGGAGUUGUUGGUUUUUUUGGGUCCAAAGCUGAGACUAGAGUAGCUUCCGUCCUUAGACAGAUAGAGGGAACCGUUCUUCUUCAUGUGAAUUUCGCAGUGAAGCAGGAUCCUUCACUGGGGCAAGCGGUUGUGGCGUUAGUCAAAUCCGAUCUUAGGGCUUUCAAUCAUUUCACAGUGGCGGUUCUGUUUUCGGUUGCUAGGGUCAGAAAGUUUGGUGAGAACUCCUUGGGGAUAUUGAGAACGGCUUUGAUUACUGCGUACAAUGAUUAUAGACUCUCCAAAGAUUGCAAGUGGCUACCUGAGGAGCUUAAGGAACAGAGUUUCCUGCAUGCCAAAUUGGUUGAAAAGUCUUUGCUAAGAGCGGUUAGUGAGUGCAGAUAUGGGAGGGAGCAUGUGGUUCCAAGUGUGAUACAGUUUGGCUUUAUGUUGCUAGAAUCUGUUGAAGAAGGUAGAUCCAACGAGUUUGGUGAUUCUAAUGGAGUACUGGGUAUUGAGAAGCUUAGCAUUAAGAUUCUGGGAACCCUAUUUGAAGUCCAUGAUAUGACAAGAAAUGAGAUAAUUGAGCAAUGCAAGUUUCGCAUUCUUUCUUUGAAAUGCGCAAAGAGCAAGCCAAUAGUAAGGUUGUUAGGGUACCUUGUCCAGAGAUACUCACUUAUCAUGUUGGAAUUUGUCCACCAUCUCAAAGAGUUAUUGGAUUAUUUCACUUUCAUGGAGGGAAAUAUCAGCUGUUUUCUUGUUUCUGCUGUUAUCCCGCUCAUCAAAUUCAGCCGUGAUCUCCAGGACUAUACCAUCUUGGUGAUUCGCAAGGCUAUGUUUAGACGGGAAGAUUCAGUUCGUGUUGCAGCGACAAAGGUAAUAACUGAUCUUAUACUUGCAGAGAAAAAAGCUAAGAGAGACAGCUCAUUUACGUUCCAAGAAUCAUUAAGCCAAGCGAGUUCCAGUCAGCAAACUGAGAUGAGCUGUAUUGUGAGGGGAAACCUCUUUACUGAACUGAAUGGGUUGCUUCAAAGAUGUCUUUACCAGCAGGCAAAUGUGAAGGAAGUAGUUUAUGAUGGGCUUGUGAAGUUAGUCCUGAUUGAUCCAUCAAGUGGAGGACAUGUGUUGGAUUUUCUUAUGCCUCACUUUCUUCGUUUCCUCAAACAGGACACAGAUUUUCAGCUUGAAAUCACUUCAUGCAUUAAAGUAGAAGGUGGCAAAUUUAUCAUUGAAGAGCCCUUGGAUAGGCUUCUCUUAUGUAUCUCUUGGAUUUUACUCCUCCAGCCGCACAACAGCUCUGAUCGGCCUUCCGAUGCAGCGUGGCCAGGCUUUGGUUUCUCUCUUUCACAAGACACUGAGCAGCAGGUAGGAAGAACAGUAUCUCAUGAAGUGUACUCCAGUACUUUGGUGAAGAUAGGAAGCUUCCUACUAGGCAAGAAAUUAGAAGAUAUUGUUGGGCAGUCUCAGGAGACAGUUUCUGCAUCUCUAGAAGAAGAUAAAAGAAAGUCCUAUUGCUUGAUUUUACUAGGAAUCAUUCAAGUGCUGCUAAAUUAUAUUAUAACGGAUCUAGAGAAACAGCCAGAAGAGAAAAAGGUUGAUAUCGAAAAGGAGAUUGUCGAUUUGAUUGAUCUUUAUGAAUCAUUGGAAAAGGAUAUGGGGAAAUCGAAACAGAGCAAUAUCUCCAAGAGAGUACGAUUUAGCUCCCGUAGUAAAUCUGAUGAUACUGAUAUGGGAAACGCAAGUAGCAACGAAGAGCCAGAAAAAGCUCCCUUUUUGGCUACUUCAAGUAUCUACCAGCUAUUUCUGGUCACCUUCAAACUCUAUAGCAGCAAAUCCGUUGGUAAUCUUCCAGGCUCGCAAGAUCACAUCCAGUCAUCAUCAGCCAAGACAGAAAAAUCAGUUUCUGGAGUUUUCUCCUUCCCUCUGCAUGUUUGUGUUGCACACAUAAGAUCAUCUCUUUGCAUGAAGGAGGAAAAUCCACUUAAACCGUUGGUCUACGGUGACAUGAAAUUGCUGGGUCCUCCACUGCUAAAAGUAGUUUACCUACUAAAGCCAGGGCCACCUGUAGUUACCGGACAGACGAAUAAGGAGAAGAAAGGAAAGAAGGAUGCUGAAGGAAGGAAACAGUGUCUACAUCUGGCCUUACUUAGCCUGAAAGAGCUGUUCAGUAUAUAUUCAAAAGGAUCUGGUUUGAGUGGCUUGCUUGAAGAUUUGUUGGCAGUGCCUGCAUCCGAGGAUGCUAUUCUAGAAGAGUUCAGCGAAGCUUCCAAAAUUGAAGAUCCACUUGUAAAGAGCAUCGAAAUAUUCAUGGAGAAAGUCAUGAAGCCCAUUUUCACGGACCUUAUCGCACAAAACUCUAAUGAUGUAGAGAUUCUUUGUGACAUAAUGUUGAUGCUUGGGAACACUCUACCUGACAAAUUCAAACAACGGCAUGGAUCAUGGUCCCAUCAAAUCUGCAGAAGCUGUGAAACAUCUAAUACCACCGUGGCAAAGAGCAUUCUGAAACUUGCCAUCUCUUUUACCACAUCCCCUGAUGAUCUAUGCAUAGCAGUGGAAGUGGCCAAGGAGUUGCAAAAUGUCAUCGGUUUAGAAAAAUCUGAUACUUUAGAAGUGUCUGAAUCAUCAUACAUGAUCAUAAACCAGUCAACAAGUGCUUCUGUAAAUUCUUGCCUGUUGCAAUCAAUUGAUUCAGCAAUAGUUGACAUGGACUGGGCCACAAAGAAGCUAAAGAAUUUCCAAAUAGUCUCUCAGAAGAACCUCCAUCUCAACCAUGACGCUGAGAGCACAUUUGGACUGUCUCUCGAGGAAGCGCUUUACUCAAUGGCUGAGUCAACAAUCAGGAUACUUUCUUCCUUUGUUUUAAUGAACCUUAAAGACUCGCAAGCAGCACAGUUUCUCAGAUUAGCAGUUCGGUUUUACAAACAGUUAGCACAGAUUGUGAAACAGAGGAUUGCUCCCAAGGGUUGCAAGCAAACUGUUCCUACCCUUAAAUUUCAGAAACUCGUGGAACUAACUUGCAAGUCUCUCACGGUCCCUUUAUAUCCCUUUUUAAGUGAAAUGCAAAAGGACCAACAGGAAACUGUGAGUUCCAGUUCCAAGGGCAUAAUCAACAAGAUCAAACAGGAGAACAAAUGCAUCCCUGAUUUGAUAUUCCAGAUAGAAGACUAUGAAAGAUAUCUUAUUCAGCUGAGCAAAGUUACUAAAUUCAAUUUGUUGAGGCAUGCCAAGCGCAGCACUGCCAGAGACUUUAAAAUAAUUGAAGAUGCAGAAACCCCUGAAGGAGGCGAAGAUGGAGAAAACCAAGCAGAGACAGAGACACAUAACAAUAACAUUGGCGUUAACGAUGAUGAUGUAAGAGAAGAGUCAGAAGAUGAUUCAGAGAAAAUGUUGUCCCCCCGAACUGCUAGUCCCGGAUCAUCACGGGGCUUAGAUUCUGAUAAAGCACCACCAACAGAAGGGGACGAUGAAGAAGAAAAAGAAGAAGAAGAAGAAGCAGAUGAAGAAGAUGAAGGAGAAGGAAGUGGCUUUAGUCGUCCUAAGAAGAUAGCGAAGAAGAGUUGGGUUGUGGAGGAUUCUGAAGACGAUUCUGAAACAUUUUAG